AUGCACAUACUAGGUGUUGUGUACCAUGCACAAAACAUCAUCAAUGAUGAUGAUCUUGCCAUCAAACUCAAGCCUCUUGUCAACAACUCAUCUUCUUUGGAGCAUGAAUAUUGCAUUUUGAAGCAACUUGAAGGUGGAGCUGGGAUCCCACAUGUUGAGUGGUUUGGUAGAGAGGCAACAUUUGACGCCCUUGUCCUCGACCUCCUCGGACCAUCUUUACAUGAUCUCUUCCUUGUGCAAAAUCGAAAAUUCACCCUUCAUACCAUCCUGAAUAUUGGAGACCAAUUGCUCUUGUCUCUGGAGCAUAUCCAUUCGCACAACUACAUUCAUGGCAAUAUCAAACCACAAAAUACCCUUGUUGGUCGAGGUGAUUUGCAGCAAACUGUUUUUAUUGUUGAUUUUGGUAUUGCCAAGGAGUACUGGAAUACUGCCGCCCAAGCCCACAUGCCAUUUCACCAUGGUGUUACAGUAACGGUUGCCCCCUAUCAUUUUCUCUCGCAUCUUCCUCUGUAUUACGUCAUGACCGCACCUAACCGUGCCAUCACUAGAUUAUUCCUUUCUUUUACUUACCUGUGUAUCACAGUGCGACCGCCUCGUGCCAUCGUUAGCUGA